AUGGAUGCUAUGUGGCGAUAUGCACCAGAAACGCCAGGGACCUCUUCCAAGCAUACUGGCAUAACUCCAACUGCCGACAACUCACCUCAACCCUGGCUGUUAAUCGUCUUAUAUCACAGCACAGCACAACAAAGUUCAAGCUCGCCUCAGCACUACCGUAGCAGCUACCAUCACAGCGAUCCUCAAAAGCUCGCUCACUCGGAUCGUCUCCGAGGCGCGAGACAAAGAAAUUACCCCAUAUGGCCCAGGUGUCUUCCGGACGUUUGA